AUAAAAAUUGACUGGUAUGUGAUGAAGCAACAUGAGUCUUAUAUAAAUAGCAAUAAAACUUGCUGAUUAUGUCACAGAAUUUUGAGGACAAAACAGCUUAGAUAGAUUGUCCCCUUAAUAAGCUCUCUCAAAAGCUUUUAAAUUAUUUUUGUACAAAUGGGUAACUGGGGAGUUAUAGAACAAGAGUGGAGAAAGGGUCCUUGGACAGCUGAAGAAGAUAAAUUGCUCAUUGAAUAUGUCAAUUUGCAUGGUGAAGGCAGGUGGAAUUCUGUUGCUAGACUUGCAGGAUUGAAAAGAAAUGGAAAAAGUUGUAGGUUGCGAUGGGUGAAUUACUUGAGGCCAGACCUUAAGAGGGGGCAGAUUACUCCACAUGAAGAGAGAAUCAUUCUUGAGCUCCAUGCUAUAUGGGGAAACAGAUGGUCAACAAUUGCUAGAAGCUUGCCAGGGAGAACGGACAACGAGAUCAAGAAUUACUGGAGGACUCAUUUCAAGAAAAAGGUCAAGAAAUCAAGUGCUGAUAAUUCUGAAAAGAUAAAAUCCCGUCUUUUGAAAAGACAACAAUUUCAACAACAGCAACAACUCAACAGUCAAAUCGACAUGAAAAAGGUCAUGUCAAUUUUUGAAGAAAAUGAGACAAAAAUUCCAACUUAUGUACCAAAACAAGACAUGGCCUUUAUGUACCAAAACGUAUCUCAUGAACAAGACCAAGAUGGUUUCUUCUAUUCUAUGAUCAAUGGAUAUGCUAAUGUGCCAGUGCCUAAGGCCUCAUCUAAUGACAUCAUGUGGGACAUUGGCUUGUGGAACUUGGAUGAUGUCAAUGCCAAUUUCAGCACUGCAGCUUACAAUAAAACUCCACCUUGCCUACAAACUCAGCUGGCUACUCCUUUCUGUUGAAUUUUACUAAUUACGGGCAACGAGUGUGGUGGAAUGGAUAGUAUUUGACUGCGCUUAAUCAGAGUCCCGAGUUUGAAUACUGUGAAUGGACAAACUUCUAAUAGAAAGUGUUUCCUCCUUUAGUCAGCUCUAUGAGAUGUGAAUAUGAUAUAGUCGAAUCAGUAGAUACUUCCAAUAAUAAUUCUCUUUUUCAGCCUC